AUGGCGACUUUCAACGAGAAGAAGACGUGCAAUCAACGCAUGGAAGAAUUCAAACGUUUUGUCUGGAAUCCAGACACAAAGGAGUUCAUGGGCCGGACCCCCGGAAAGUGGGUUCUUAUCAGUCUAUACUACGCAGCCUUCUAUGUUGUAAUGUGUGCGUUGUUUGCACUGGCCCUAUUUGUGUUGUUGACCACAACAGACCCCUAUACACCGACCUAUCAAGACCAGCUCAAAUCACCAGGUGUGACAAUACGACCGGAGCCAAAAGAUUUGAAGAUCUCCUUCAACAUCUCGAAUCCAAAGUCCUGGCAAUAUUACGUCAAUGCUCUUCAGCACUUCCUUUCAGCUUAUAAUGAAUCCGUCCAGGCCAAAAUCAGCCGGAACUGCACUCCAGGCAACUAUACCUUUCAGUCAGGAUAUGGACCGGAUUCCAAGUAUUCUUGCCAAUUUAAUCGGGAGAUGCUGAAGAACUGCUCCGGGCUCGAGGAUCCCACUUUCGGAUAUAAAACUGGUCAACCCUGCGUCUUAAUCCGGAUGAAUCGGAUUAUCAACUAUUUGCCUGGAAAUGGAACCACCCCAAAUGUUACGUGCGGUGUUCUGCAUGCCUACCCAGAGAGUAUUGGAGAUGUGGUAUUUUAUCCUGAGAAUGGUACCUAUGACCUAUCGUAUUUUCCUUACUACGGGAGACAACCCCAGCCAAACUACACCAAUCCGCUAGUUGCAGUCAAAUUCCUGACUCUGAAAAGGAACAGGCACUUUGAAAUUCAGUGCAAGAUUAAUGGACCAGGAAUCAUUAGUGACAACCCCUAUGAAAAAUUCGAGGGAAGAGUGAUCUUUCACCUGGACAUCCAAAAAUGA